AACGCUAUAACAAAAAUAGUAUAAUAACUGUCAUCAUAAAUCGUCAAAUCAUUUGCAUGGGGAGGUUUUAUACACGGUGAAAUUCGGUGAAACUUCUCCACAAACGAAAACAGUUUUCUCAAAAUGAUACUUCACUGUUACCACAAUAAAACAUAAAUGAAGACAAAACAUGAAUCGUCUGUUAAUUACCUUAAACAUUUUUAGCACUUUGCUACCAUGGGUAUUACCAACGAAUAAUAUGCAAAUGAAUAAUGGUGUCGCAAUCCAACCGGAUUUUGCUGAACCAAUACAAAACAUUACAGUCCCUGUGGGCCGUGAUGCAAUAUUCAAAUGUCUUGUGACAAAUCUUGGUGGAUAUCGGGUUGGCUGGGUGAAAGCUGAUACAAAAGCAAUACAAGCGAUACACGACCAUGUAAUUACACAAAAUCCACGGGUUAGUGUAUCACAAAAUGAUUAUUCCAUAUGGAAUUUACAUAUUAAAAAUGUACAAGAGGAAGAUCGUGGUCAAUAUAUGUGUCAAAUUAAUACAGAUCCAAUGAAAAGUCAGGUAGGGCAUUUAAAUGUAGUGGUCCCGCCAGAUAUAAUUGAUAGUGGUGAUGGGCAAGUGAGUGAUGUUCUUGCACCUGAAGGUGGUGUUGUACAAUUACGAUGUCGAGCACGUGGCCAUCCUCCACCUCACAUUACGUGGCGACGUGAAGAUUCACAUGAUAUACUUAUUAGAGAUGGACAAAGAGCUAAAGCAUAUCAUAUAUAUGAAGGUGAGGUAUUGCGAUUGCCACGUGUCAGUCGAACAGAUAUGGGAGCAUAUCUGUGUAUUGCAUCAAAUGGAGUUCCGCCAACUGUCAGUAUGCGAUUCGUAGUUAAUGUACAAUUUCAUCCACUUAUACAAGUACCAAACCAACUAUUGGGUGCACCACUUGGGACAGACGUGAAAUUGGAAUGUUAUGUGGAGGCGUCUCCUAAAUCCAUUAAUUACUGGAUACGGGACUCUGGUGAAAUGGUAAUAUCUAGUGAAAAAUAUGAUGUAAAACAUAACACUAGAUCAAUGUUUGAAGAACAUAUGUUACUGAUUGUACGUAAUUUACAAUCAGAAGAUGUUGGUUCGUAUAAAUGUGUGGCAAAAAAUGCAUUAGGCGAAGAAGAAAGUAGUAUAAGAAUUUAUGAAAUACCAGGACCAACUAGAAAAGGACAAUCAGCACGUUACGAUGAAGAGGAUUAUAAUGGUUCAGCAGAAAAGGAAAUUGAUGAAGAAUUAUCAAAUAUAAUUGGUGAUCAUCAUCGUAAUAUGAUGCCAUCAACAAAUUGGGAUCCAAAUAGUAAAUCAUCGAUACAUCGUUUACAAGAACAAACCGCACAUAAUAUAUUAAAUGAUAAUCGUAUUCCUGGUGGAAUGUCAUCAACAGCUGAGGAUAGUACUAAUAGUGCAUCAUCAUCUUCAUCAUUAUUAUUAUCAUCAACAACAUGUCCUCCUAUAUUAUUCCCCUUUACCAUCUCCACGAUCAUCAACACCAUGUUAUCAAAAACUUUAUCAUAUAAUAUUUAUUCGAUAUCAACUAUAAUUCUUUUUACAAGUGGAAAAACAAAAAGGAGUAACGUAUAUGAUGGAAUGUUUUUAAAAUAUAUGUGGGUCUGA